UCCUGUUUUUCCUCAAAAUAAUAUUACAAGAAGUAUGGCGAGCGGGAGUAGAUUGGGAUCAAGAGAUUCCGCAGGCGCAGCACGAAAAGUGGAGAAGAUGGAUAAAGUGUCUACCUGAACUAGAGAAUAUUUCAAUCCCAAGAUGCUACCGGCGAAAGAUUGAUUUAAAACAAUGUAACCUCCAGCUUCAUGUCUUUGUAGAUGCCGGAACCGAUGGGUUCGCUGCAGUUGCUUACUUCCGCUACGAACACGAGGGGAGCAUUGAAGUCAGCCUCGUAGGAGGGAAAACGAGAGUGGCUCCGCUCAAAUACACGUCUGUCCCUCGAUUAGAACUCCAAGCGGCUGUACUGGGAACUCGCUUGGCGCGCGCGGUAAAGAAAGCACAUCGACAGACAGUGCACAGUACUCGGAUCUGGACUGACUCAAAGGACGUAAUCUGUUGGCUGCGAUCUGAUCAUAGACGGUACAGCACCUUCGUGGCACAUCGGGUAGGAGAGAUUUUAGAAGAGACCGACGUGAACGAGUGGCAUUGGAUAUCGACACACUUAAACGUAGCGGAUGAAGCCACUAAAUGGUCUAACUUCAACACGCAUCUCACAGCAAGCCAGUGGUUUACCGGACCAGGGUUUCUGUCGUCACCAGAAGAUAGCUGGAUUAACGAGCCUUUGCCGGAAAUGAGCACCCAAGAAGAAAUCCGUAAGAGCCUCAAUACGCAUGUCACCAGCUGCGAACUCAUCGACUUUGAGAGGUUUUCGAGGUGGAAUCGGUUGUUAAGGUCGGUUGGGUAUGUAUGCCGUUUCAUUCAUAACACCCGGCGGCCUUUGAUCCGUCAAACCGGUCCAUUAGCCGCUUGGGAAAAGCAACAAGCUGAACGAAUCAUCAUCAGACAAGUGCAACGACACGCAUACCCCGAAGAAUACUGUCUGUUGGCAGGUCAACCUACGGAUGCCAGUCAUAAAACACAAUUGCCCCGUAACAGCCAGAUUGUAAAGCGUAGCCCAUAUAUGGAUCCAGAAGGGAUACUGCGAGUACAGGGUAGGAUCGAUGCCUGCAGCUAUGUGAGCCUCGACACCAAGAGGCCAAUCAUCCUACUAAAGGCUGGAAAAGUGACUGAUUUAAUAGUGGAUGACUACCACCGACGGUACAGACACCAAAACUUCCAAACAGUAAUGAAUGAAGUCCGUCAAAAAUACGAUAUACCAGCUCUACGGAGUGCGUGUCAUAGGGUGCGAGCCAGCUGCCAAUUCUGCAGAGUAAGGAAGGCGACUGUAAGUGAACCCAUGAUGGGAGACCUUCCUGAGGCGCGACUAUCUCCUUUCACGCGAGCCUUCAGCUACACUGGGAUAGACUACUUUGGACCAUUUGUGGUAGUCGAUGGACGAAAGACGCAAAAGCGAUGGGGCGUCUUAUUUACCUGCAUGACUGUGCGUGCGAUCCACAUCGAAACAGUUCCAUCUCUAUCCACCAGCGCUUGCAUAAUCGCAAUACGAAACUUUAUAGGGCGCCGCGGAACGCCGGUGGAAAUCUUCUCGGACCGAGGUACAAAUUUCAUUGGAGCGAGUCGGGAACUUCGGGAAGCGCUAAAAGAAGUAAACACCGAUGAGAUGAUCGACGCAAUGAACUUACCAGAUACGCGAUGGAGCUUUAACCCGCCAGCGGCACCGCACUUUGGAGGAGCAUGGGAACGCUUGAUCCGCACAGUCAAACAAACCCUCCAAAAUAUCCAGUUUACGAGACACCCUACAGACGCUGUAUUGAAUAGUUGGCUGAUAGAGGUUCCUCAUCAGGAGUGAAACCAUUCGUACCACCUGACGACACAACGGCCACGCUACGAAACAACUGGAAGACAUCGUAGGUUUAUGCCAACCUGUUUUGGAAAAAAUGGGUAGCUUCCUACCUUCCCACUCUGACCCGACGGACGAAAUGGUUUCAGCCCUGCAAACCGCUACAGGAGGGAGACGUAGUUGUAAUCGUCGACGAAAAUCUUCCGCGGGGAUGCUGGCCCAAGGGACGUGUAAUUCGCGCGAUUCAAUCCAAGGACGGUGCGGUAAGACGAGUUCACGUUCGUUUAGCUACUGGAAAAACAUGCGAGCGACCGGCAGUCAAGGUAGCAACUAUCGACGUUGAACCACGAGGUAGUGUUUUGAGAGGCCAAAACACUGGGGCCCAGUGUUGACAAAAUACAACGUCAACGUCAAGUGCGAUGACAGCCGACCGCGGAAGUACGCAGCCACUUAAGGAUGAGCCACGAGCGCAGCCGAAGAGAAAAAAAA